UAUAUGGAAAAGAAUGAAAUGUCCUACAAAACUCAGAAAAGCUCCCUCGUUGCAGCAGUUGAGCUGCUCCCAUCCCCACCACCAACUCUCUCUCUAACAUCUCCGACGAACCUUCUCUCCUCUCUCUCUUUCUUUUCUCUCCAUUUUCUUUCAGCUCCCUUCACUUCAUUCAGCUACAAUUUCGCCUUGCUUUCCUCAAAUGCGCACAGGAACCAAGUGAAAUUAGAGCAAGAUGCCACUGGUCAGGGUGCAGGUCAAGAGCGAGUUCGGGCUCGGAAAGCCCCAUCUCUACAUGGAGGCCAACAAUGAAGAUCCGAAAGCCGUCCUCGACGGUGUAGCCGUUGCUGGUCUCGUCGGGAUCUUGAAGCAGUUGGGUGACCUUGUCGAAUUUGCGGGGGAGGUUUUUCAUGGGUUGCAAGAACAGGUUAUGACAACAGCUUCCAGAAGUCACAAAGUCAUGGUUCGCCUCAAACAGAUUGAAGCUGCUCUUCCUUCAUUUGAAAAGGCAAUACUAACUCAAACAAGUCACAUUCAUUUUGCUUACACAGCUGGUUCUGAGUGGCAUCCUCGUAUUCGAACUGAACAAAAUCACUUCAUCUAUCAUGAUUUGCCACGAUUUAUGAUGGAUGCCUAUGAAGAAUGUCGUGAUCCUCCACAACUUCAUUUGCUUGAUAAAUUUGAUACGAGGGGUCCUGGAUCUUGUUUAAAGCGUUAUUCAGAUCCAACGUUCUUCAAGAAAACAUCAACCUCAGGAAAAAUAAGCUUGGAGAAGGUUCGGAGUGAAAAAAAGGCUCACAAGAUCAAGAGAAAAAGAUCAUUGGUACACAGUGGAGAAAUGAUACAUGGUGCAUCAAUUUCCAAUCCUAAUAGCAGCUUGCAGUUGACCUCCUUUUCAAAUGAAGGGGCGUCUCUUUCUCAAACCGCUACAGCUGAUCGGAUGAUGAAAUCAGAUGCUGGGGACUCUUUGAAUUCUUUUGAUUCUGGAACGGGGUCAGGAUAUGCUGGAAAUGUUUUGAAAUUAGGUUCUUCCUUGCAAACUAAAGAACAGGAGUUUAGGGAAUUUUCAAGUCCAAGUUUGAUGCAGUAUAGUGAUGCUGCUGAUUCAGUUCUCCCUGAUGAACAAAGUAGGAUUAUGGACGAUAAAUUUCAAUAUGCACCAGAGGAUCAAAUCGAUUCGAGUUUCUCUUCUCAUGUCACAUGGGACGAAAAGGCAGAAAUAUUGAAGCCCAAGAAUCAGCAGGAUGUUAGAGAAAUGACAGAAAUAGUGCAGUCAAGAGGUCUAGAGGAUGUUAGAGAAAUGGUAGAAACAGUGCAGCUAAGGACUCAACUGGAUGUUAGAGACAUGACAGAAUUUGUGCACCCAAGGUCCCAACAGGAUGUUAGAGAAAUGGAAGAAAUAGUGCAGCCAAGGACAAAGCAGGAUGUUAGAGAAAUGGCUGAAAUAGUGCAGCCAAGUACUCAAAAGGAUGUCAGAGAUAUGGAAGAAAUAGUGCAGCCAAGGACUCAACAGGAUGUUAGAGAAAUGGCAAAAAUAGAGCAACCAAGGACUCAGCAGGAUGUUAGUGAAACAUCGGAAAUUGUGCAGCCAGAGACUCAAAAGGACGUUAGAGAAAUUGAAGAAAUUGCGCAGCCAAGAUCCCAACAGGAUAUUAGAGAGAUGGCAGAAACUGUGCAGCCAAGGACUCAACAGGGUGGCACAGAAAAGGCAGAAAUGGUGGAGCCGGGCAGUCAACAGGGUGGUAGAGAAAAAGUGGAGAUGGUGGAGUCGACGAAUCAACAGCAUGAUAAAGUUAAAAAUCAAGAAUAUAAAGUUCCUGUACCUCAAUCUUCCCUGGAUCCAUGUGAAACGGAAGGCCUUUACCUUAUAAAUGAUGAACAAACGAGCACGCUAGCUAAUAUUGGUCACCCUUUAGAAUCAAUUUACGACAGGAGUGUGUUUGAUGAAAUUGGAAGUGAAACGGACAAUUAUAUGGAUGCACUCAACACAAUUGAGUCAGAAUCUGAAACUGACAUUGAUUGCCAGACUAAACGAGAAGUAGAGCCAUGCUCAUCCAAUAUAAAGUGUGAAGUAGUAGAUCCAAUGUAUGACCUCCUUGAAUCUAGUGAGCCUCAAAAGUCCUUUGACAAAGGUAUUAUUUCUAGCCUACCAAAUUUUGUUUCUUCAGAUGGUUUUUACCAUGAUCAAAGGCUUGAAAACACAAUGAAGGUUUCUAGUCCUGACCGUCCCCUAGUAACCGACCUACAUGGCAAAGAAAGUUCCACAUUGGAAUCUGAUAUCACUGAUUCCUUCCCUCCAGACUCCAAUUCUAGUUUAGAGGAUCAUUCUGGAAUUAAAUUAUUGAACAGAAUACAUGAAACCGAAAAGGUUUCUUUCUCCAGCCAUCUUUCAGAUAAGUUCUGGACUAAUGGUGGCUUACUAGGACUUCAGCCAUCAAAGCCUCCUUCUUGGGCCGUACCAAAUGCUGCUUGUGAGAACUCAAGUAAAGGUGAAAAACGUGGCCCUUCUGAUCAUGCACAGGAAAUAAAAAUGGAUAAUUUUCCAGAGGUUGCUAUUAAUAUUGAAAAGGAUUCAACUUCUAAUAAGUCCUCAUUGCACGGUGAUGAUCGUUCAAGUGAUGGACCUAGUUAUGCUCAUAUGAAUAAUGUGGUAAAAAGAAAUGUGAUAGCAGCAGCUGGAAUUGCGCUUCCAGCUGUACCUAAUGUCAAUGGCAUGCCUACUCAAACCAUUAUGGAGAAAGAUGAAAACUCCAAUCAAAAUUCUGGACUUAGCCAUCAAUUGCUUGUAAAUGGCUUUCAUAGAAAACUGACGCUACUACAUGAUGAAAGAUUUGAGGCUACAUCUAUGAAUACAGAUGGUGCAGGGAAGAGAAAUGGCUACCAAGAUACUGUUUUUGAAACAAUGUAUGAAAGGACUUCCACAGAGCAAUUAGCCAGUGAUUCUUCGUCGGAUUCAUGUCCUUCGCCCCCACUUGAUCACAUGAAGAUCUCUUUCCAUCCUGUCUGUGGUUUUGAAACUUCAAAAUUGAAACUGAGAUUUCCUGAUGGCAGUGAUGGUCGCGGAAGCAAUAAGGACAUAUUUCCAUCCUUUCAGUUGGCCCCAGAGGAGUCUAUUUCUGUGCAUGAGAUUGGCUCUGAGUCUGAUGAUGACACAUUCUGCAGAUCAUCUCCAUGUAUGUCUGAUGAUUGUCUUAGUAAUCACUCUAAGUCAAAUUCUGAGCUGUGGGAGUCUGAUGACACUCCAGAAACCACAGGCAAGAACUUGUAUGAUUUGCACCACAUGUCACAGACGGAGUCUUUGUCUACAUCAUUUGAGCUUCAGGGAAUCACAAAAAGCGGCAUCACUAUGGCUGAUGAAAGUGGAAAUUUGAACGUUAAGAAGGGCAUGGAUGAAUCUCUUUCUGGUCCAUCUCUUGAUCUUCCAUGUUUUGUCACUGUGAACCCUGUACCAAGUGGAAGAAUUAAGUCGCAAUGUUCAGAUAGCCCUACUCCAGCUCCGCCACCUCUUCCUCCUGCACAAUGGUGCGUUUCAAAAACAUCCUUAGAUGUGUCCGAUGGCCAGAAGGAUCUAUCUGCUCAUUCAAAACAAGUGGAACCAGUCUGCUCGCAGCAAGCGCCCAAUGCAAACAAGUCAAAUGGCAAGAAGCCAAAACAAGUGAUAGUGGAUGGUCAGAAAGAACUAAACCACAUUGGAAAUGACAAAGUGAUGGAUUCUAGGGAAGAUUUCCUGCAACAAAUUAGAGCAAAAUCAUUCAACCUACGGCGCACAGUGACUGAGAAGCCCAGUACUCAAACUGGACCUGCUACCCACAUCAAAGUCACAGCAAUUUUGGAGAAAGCCAACUCAAUCCGCCAGGCUGUUGGAAGCGACAAUGGUGACUCAUGGAGCGAUGCCUAAUUGUAGAUAUGAAACCAAAUUUUAGGCGUUGGAAAAGCUAUGUUUUAACAUACUCGCAACAAGCAAUACAGCCAGCGCACACAAAAAGCCUGAAAAUGCUUGUAAAUUGGAUUGCCUGCCCCUUCAUCUUCCCAGUCAAGAUUUCAUCUGUUCAUGAUCCUGAAACAAAAACGUUUCUAUCAAUCUACACGAAAAUAAACAAAUAAACAAAGAGUUGCCUUCCAUGUAGGUUGCUAAUUUCCCCAGUGAUCUAUUCAAGAAUAUAAAGUUCCUUCAAAGUCUUCAAAGAAUCAUUCAAACAAAUAUUUGGGUCAAUUCUGCAGAAAAGGAACAAAAAAUAUACAGAAUUUGAUUGCGUGGAUUGGCCAAUUGAUUGACCAAGAAAGAGCAACAUAUGUGUAAGCGAAGCCAGUCUGGAUUAUACUCUGUAUCCCAUUCAUAGAUAUGAUCUAUUACUUAUAUCUCUGCCAUUCUAAUCCA